AUGACCUCAGACUUUGACCUCAGAAUAGGGAACGUGAAGGGCAGUUUAUAUAUAUAUAUAUAUGUGUGUGUGUGUGUGUGUGUGUGUGUGUGUGUGUGUGUGUGUGUGUGUGUGUGUGUGUGUGUGUGUGUGUGUGUGUGUGUGUGUGUGUGUGUUUUGGACUGUUGCUUGUUUAUCUUGAUCGCGCUCGCUUCUGCUUCCCAUCGCCCUUUUUUUUUCGCUGGAUGA